AUGCUCGGAAAAUGGUAUCUAGCGCCCAUCGAAAAGGGCAUCAAAUAUGCGAUUGAUCUCGGUACUGGUUCGGGGCUCCUGGCAAUUGAUCGAUGGAUUUUCCGAAGGGUAUGCAAGCCUGGAGGCUGGAUUGAACACGUUGACAUCACAGCUACCGUGGGCUGUGAUGACGGAACCGCCGUUACUGGGUCUGCAUUAGAGCAGUAUGGAAGGCUGUCCGGGGAGGCUGGAAAACGCCUUGGAUUAACCCAGUCAGUUUCAGGGAAUAACUUUUCUUCAGGAAAACGGCUUGGAAAAGGCUGUGUUUGUGCAUUGGAAGGUACAGGAAUCCAAGAUCCGAAGCAAAAGGAUGUUGGACUGUACGCCUAUGCUGAAGUGUCUUCAGACAUUCAGGGCAUCAUUCUGUUCACAUUUGGCUGA